UUUAGAGAUUAACUAAACUUAAGCUUACGCCGUAUUUCACUCGGCACCCUUCUCCUCCUCCUCUUCCUCCUUAUUUUGCUAAACUUCGGUGGCUUGUGCCUAUCGUCAAUAUGAAGGCGGACUACUCAAACGAGCUGCCGAACUUCGAAGCCCACGAGGCCGCCAGACCUCAAGGGUGGUCUGCUUGGUUUGGCGGUCCUAAUGUCAAGAUAGGGCCCCGUAUCGCUCCUCAGAUAAUACCCCUCGACAUUGAAGGUCGAGAUUCGGACAGCAAUGUCAGCAGCGAUGCAAUUCUUAACAAGCAGCUCGAAGAAGAGGCCAAUUGUGCUAUUCAAUAUCGUACAUGUAGUUGGCAAAAGACAGCCGCAUUGUUGUUCUCUGAAUAUAUCUGCUUGGCCAUCAUGAGCUUCCCAUGGUCCUACAGUGUUCUCGGACUUGUUCCUGGGCUUAUUCUUACUGUUGUUCAAGCUCUCAUAGUUCUAUACACUUCCAUCGUACUAUGGGAAUUUUGUCUACGACAUCCCGAGGUUAGGGAUGUAUGUGACAUUGGUCAGAUGUUAUUUUGGGACCAGAAAUGGGCCUGGUACUUCACGGCUUUCAUGUUCAUCUUGAACAACACCUUCAUUCAGGGUCUCCACGUUCUCGUUGGGGCUAAAUAUCUAAACACCAUGGUCGGCCCGAACUCGAGCGUCUCUUGCCAGACCGUAUCUUUCGGGGCUAUUAUCACUGUUAUUUGCUGGCUAUCAUCUCUACCCCGUACCUUUAGCAUGCUAUCGAAGCUUGGAACUGCAUCAGCGGCGUUUACUUUUAUUUCGGUCAUCCUAGCCACAAUUUUUGCUGGCAUUCAAAGCCACCCUGCAGGCUUCCUUGCCGAACCGGCUACCGAUCCUGACACCGGGAAAGCACUGCCGUUCGGUAACCCAAUCGUCACCGCUGUCCCGGUCCUUGGAACCACGUUCGUCGCGGGUCUUGGGGCAUUCCUUAACAUCAGUUACACUUUCAUUGGACAGAUUACUCUUCCUAGCUUUAUUGCUGAGAUGCGUGAGCCGAGAGAUUUCCCGAAGGCUCUAUGGGCAUGCACUAUUCUCGAGAUCCUCGUUUUCAGCAUUGUUGGCGCAGUCAUAUAUGCGUUCGUAGGCAACCAGUAUAUGACAUCGCCGGCUUUUGGAUCUCUGAUCCCGCUAUACAAGAAGAUCGCGUUCUCGUUCAUGAUUCCUACAAUUAUCUUCCUGGGUGUUUUGUAUGCCUCGGUGUCGUCUCGAUUUAUCUUCUUCCGAAUAUUCCAGCACUCGCGACAUAGGAACGAACAUACAGUCGUUGGAUGGGUAACAUGGGCGCUUAUUCUACUCUGCACAUGGGUUCUCGCUUUCAUUAUCGCCAAUUCAAUCCCCUUUUUCAACUCCCUUCUCUCCCUCAUGUCCUCGCUGUUCGACUCCUUUUUUGGGUUCAUCUUCUGGGGUGUUGCCUAUUUCCGCAUGCGGAAAGCUGACGGAUCCGUCGCAUUCCUCAAGGACCGGACAUUCCGUGGUUGGAUCGAGGGCAUUUUGAAUAUUAUCAUUAUCUUGACUGGCGUUUUCUUCCUUUCGGCCGGAACAUAUGUCAGUGUCCAGGGAAUUUUGGAUGAGUAUACACUAGGCACAGUUGGAACAGCAUGGGGGUGCGCGAGCAAUGGCAUUUAAAAGUUUUCAUAUUUUUCUUGAAGAGCAGGAGAUACCCAUGUAUGAAAAUACGGACGAGCAUGAGAUCAGGGAGCGGGUCAGCAUUAUUAACGCUUUGCGACUGGAAGAGAUGGUGGA